AUGCUUGAUGGAGUUUUGGAAUUUAUGAUUGAGCAUGAAAUUUUCUUUCCCUUAAAAUAAUGAUGGAGAAAGUUGUUUGAAGAAGAGGGUCAAAUUGAGAGGUUUUAUUAUUAAUAUUUUUUUCUGAAAUUUGAAUGAAGAUUUUAGGUUUUAGUUAGUCAGUAAGAUAACUCAUAACUAACUUGUAUUCUAUUUCUGAAGCCUUUUAUGUGAGAUAAGACUUCCGCUCUCACAGCGGAUCGGAAGUUACUCGACAGUUAGACUUUCAUUCGCCUUCUGCUUCAAAGAACAGUCUUCUUCCACUACCCACCCCAGUGGGUAAUUUCUAUAGAUAAACUUUCAGAAAACUGAAUUUUCCCUUCACUAGCCAGACGUAAGAGUACUACCCUUAUCAGGAUCCAAGUUAAAUACUUUUUAAAAACUAAUUUAGAUUAAAUUUAAAAUUUAUAAUAAUAUUACAGUUUUAGCAAAUUUUUAUUGUGAUUCUUUGCUAUUAGCAGGAUAUUGCCAGCGAUUAGAACUCACUUCAAGCUUUAUUUUAAGCAUUUCCUUUUUUUUCUUUCAGCCUUUUAAUUUCUCUCUUUAGCUCUUUAUUUUUGAACUGAGUCUUUUGAAGAUUUUCUUUAAGCUCACUCAUCAAUCUAUCAGAUUCAAGACUUUUUUCUUCAAAAACGUCUUUUAUAGAGCUGAGUUCAAGUGAUUAGUUGAUGCUUGCUCUGGUGUCUUUGAGAAAAGCUUCCUGUAAAACUUAAGCUGCUUUCAUUAAGCUUCAUCUCACAUUUUGAAAGACUGAAUCCUUUCAGCUAUGAACGCCUUUCUUCUUUUGAGAUUACUUCUGGUCUCUUCAAGCAACCCAGCUUCAAGAAGUUCUAAUACCCGAAGUGAGCUCUCAUCUGCUGAAAUAAGCUCCUUUAGAAGGGUUCUGCUUUGGAGAAGCUCAUCUCUGGUUCUGUUAAUAGCUCUCUGUUUUUCUCCUUCAAUUUCUCUUAUUUUUGUAAAUCAUGCAUUUUCAGUUUUUUUAUGAAGAGAUGCAUUAGUGGAAAAGAAAAAAAUGGCUUGGAGAGCGUCAAGAUUGAGAGAUGAUUGAGAGUAAAGGCUUGUGGGUCAAAAUGGGAGAGGUUUCAUAAUUAUAGAUUUUUUCUUCAAGUGUCUUGGUGAGCUGUUGCAUGUUUUUCAAAUCUUGGAUUAGAAUAAUUUACUUUAACAUGUCAUUUUCUGCCUCCAGAUCUUCAGAGCUUUUAUAUUUUUCUUGGAAUUGAUGCUUGAAUUUGAAAUUGCAAUUUCUUGGCUUCUGGUUUUUUCUUCUUGAGCUUUGAUGAUUUCUCUUUGGCUUCAAGCUCAGAUUCUAUGGAGCUUACUUCUAAGCUUGCAAGUCUUUUGAGGUUUGUUUUUUCUUUAA